AUGGAGUACUACGGUGUUGCCAGCCUGGUCUUCCGAGCGCAGAAGCCCUUCCAUCCAAAGCGCCUGGACGAGCUGCUGAAGAGAGGACUGGAGACGGAGAUUCUUCGAUCCAAGGGUCGGCUUUGGGUGGCCGGCCUAGAUGAUGUUUCUUUCAUUUGGCAUCAGGCAGGCAGCACGCUGUCCAUCGACGUCGGUCCUGGCUGGCUGCACGGCUCUCUAGAUCCCAAAGACUGGCCUGCCGACACUCCGCAGGAGUACCGAACGCAGCCCUAUGGAGACCGGCGGCAGGAGCUGGUCUUCAUCGGAAAAGACCUGGACCAGGACUCCCUGCGCCAGCGCCUGGAGCAGAGCCUGGUCACGGAGGUUGAGUUUGAGCAGGGCAGGGAGGAGUGGGCCAAGUGGCCCAAUCCCUUCAAGGGAACCGAAAGGCCAGUGCGGAAGAAGGGAAAUCUGGCGGCCAGAAGGGCGGCCCUUCGGAGAAAGCGGGCAGCAGCCGCGCCGGCGGCGGCAGGAGAUGGCAGGAGAUGCGCCCCAGGCGUCCCGGCCCAAGAAGGCCAAGACUGUCCAAGAGAGCCAAACAUCCGGUCAAGGCACCAGCGAUGCUGA